CCAGUGAGUGUUCCCCGCCAGCCAUGCCGCCGCGAAUACCAGCUUUGUCGUGCCUGCGGGCAUCGGCAUCACCCUCCGUUUCCGCGCAAUUCAGCCUCCCCAUUCGGACGUUUGUCUCGACAUCGCGGGCCCAAGCCGAAUCAGCUGAGCGCCAGAAGAAGCGCCUCGCCAGCGACCCCUACAUUGUCGCACAGCGCAACCGCAAGAAGGCCGCCAACCUGUCGCGACGAGCCGAACUCGAACAAGGCCGAGUAGCCAGUCUCGGAAACCCCGUUCGCGGCGUAUCGACUCCGUUCGUCGAGUCUUUCGAGACGGCCAAGCCCAUUACCUACGAGGAGGGCAGGAAGAUUCCGCAGGACAAGACGCACCUCAACUAUGCAUUCGACCCGGCUGCCGUGGAGCACCAAUUGCAGCGGAGCGAGAAGCUGGCGGUGCCUCUGAGUGAAAUCAAAAAGCAAGCCGGACCCGGACCCGGACCCUACCAAUGGAGCGACGCCAUACGGUACGGCCAGACGCAGGACGCGGAGAAGUCUGCCGAGGAGAUUGAGGCGCAGACCAAAAAAGACCAUGCGCGUGCCGUCGAAGCCAUCAAGCGCAUUACUGCUCUGGAGAACGGGUCCAGCAAAGACCGCAUGCGCGUCAACAUUGCACGCUGCGUCGAGACAUUUGGGCGCCACAACACGGACAAGAUCUUCCCGCCAAAGGCCCCCUCGCUCAGCCGGUCCGGCGUCGACGAAACCCACACCGUCCGCCCUGAGACAAACAUUGCUGCGACGGCCAAGCGCGUGGGACCAGACACGGGAUCGUCCGAAGUGCAGAUUGCCAUUCUCACGGCCAAAAUCAAGACGCUAGCAGACUUUUUGCAGACCCGUGGAAAGGGCGACAAGCACAACAAGCGCAAUCUGCGGCUGCUGGUGCACCGGAGACAGAAGCUGUUGCAGUACUUGAGGAGGAAGGAGAGAGGCGGUCCCAGAUGGCAGCAUUGCAUCGAGACUCUUGGCUUGACCGAGGGUACAUGGCGGGGUGAGAUUUCGCUCUAAGUCUCGAGCAACAUUUGUAUAGUCAGCGGCAGUACCAGCACCUGUAUUCAUGCCCCAUGAACGAAUCUCCAAGGGCAACUUUGUAGCCCCUGUAUACUAGCAUUCCGCGCCUUUG